CAUCAUAAUCAAAACUAUAAAAACCCCAAAUCUCCUAGUCCCAUCGCAUAAUUCUCUGUCGCCGUCUCUUCGCAUGUAUGGUCGAGUGUCUGCCUAUGCAGCUCUGUCUUGAUCGUCUUUGAUCUGCGUUUUUCGGGCAUUCUGCUACUCUCUCUCUCUCUCUCUCUCUCUCUCUCUCUCUCUCUCUCUCCCCCUAUGCGAUCAAGUUGUUUUCUUCGCUGCUGUGUUUUGGGGAUUGCUCGAGUUUGAUUCAGGAACCGUUCAGAGUUCGAAUGCGUGGAUCUGCUUGCGGUCAGAUGACCCCGGGCUCAAGGUGUCAAGGAUCUAGGCAAUGGAGGAGAUGCGAGAUGAUACAGUGCCAUCAGGACGAGGAUCUUCAAAUGCAACUUUGUGGCCGUCAGCAUUUGUGGAGAAAUUUGGAUCCAUCUCUCUGGGGUCAAAAGAAGAAACCUUGACCAGCAAAGACUCGCCCAGAAACCAUGGACAAGAUGGCUUUUCACCUAGUAGGGCUUCGCAUGUCCUCUGGAGCACUGGAAUGCUUUCUGAGCCGAUUCCAAAUUGCUUCUACUCUGUCGUUCCAUAUAAAAGUCUAAGGCAGCGUUUUAAUACCAUUCCUACAUUGGACGAACUUAAUGCUCUGGGUGACGAAGGUCUAAAGGCCGAUGUGAUUCUUGUGGAUUUUCAGAAGGAUAAAAAGCUUUUUAUGUUAAAGCAGUUGAUCGUCACACUUGUCAGAGGAUUGAACUCAAACCCGGCUACCAUUGUUAAAAAAAUUACUGGACUGGUGACAGAUCUUUAUAAGCGGACAACUCUGCAGAGCCCAUCGAGAACCGCACUAAAUGAAAAUGCACAGUCCUCUGAAAGUCGUGGUAUUCAACUACUAGGACAGAUAAAGCACGGUUCUUGCCGUCCUCGAGCAAUAUUAUUUAAAGUUCUUGCAGAUACUGUUGGUCUUGAAAGUAGGCUUUUAGUGGGUUUGCCAAGUGAUGGAGCUGCUGAGUGUGUGGAUUCAUACAAACACAUGUCUGUUUUGGUUGUGCUCAAUUCUGUGGAAAUGCUGGUCGAUCUUAUGCGUUUUCCUGGUCAGCUUAUUCCUCUAUCGACCAAAGCAAUUUUUAUGACUCAUAUCUCAGCAGCCGGGGAGGGUGAUUCUGUAGAAAAUGACUCUUGUGAUUCGCCUUUGGAGCCAAGCAGUCCCCUCUGUGAUCAUGAAAGCGCAGAAAAAGACGAAAACCUUCCGUUCCAAAGGAAUAUAACAUUACGACGUGCCCCUACUUUAGAGAGGAAACUGAGUUUCUCGCGAAGCGAACCCAACAUUGCGACUGCAUUCUUGCGGCGUAGCCAGAGAAGGAUCGUAGAGCAGCGAGCUGCUAGUUCAAGUCCCGAGCAUCCAUCGUUCAGAACACGAACAAGAUCCAUUCUCAGUGGGGAGAGAAACUCAGUCCGAGAAUUCAACGACGAUGUUGUCACAUCAAGUUAUAAGUCCGAUGAAACACCAAAAGCUGAAGCUAAGAGAACAAGGAGGAGAAGCAUUAGCGUAACUCCCGAGAUUGGUGACGACAUCGUAAGGGCAGUACGAGCAAUGAAUGAAGCCUUGAAACAGAAGCGGUUCUUGCGAGAGCAAGGUGAUAAUGCUCCACUUCCCAACUCUUCGGAUGACAGAACUGGCAGCCCUCAUCUCCUGAAAAAUGGCUCGGGUUUCCAUCUUGAUGCCCAUGACCAAGUAUCUGGUGGAAGGUCUACAUCAUAUUCUCGGCUAGACCCGCAGAAGGCAGUUUCACUGCCGUCGUCUCCACAAAAUUUUCGAAGACACUCGUCUGAACGGAUCGAACCUCCACAUCAUAACAUCAACAACAUCUGGAACAAAGUGCUGGAAUCUCCAAUGUUCCAGAAUAAACCCUUGUUACCUUACGAGGAAUGGAGCAUAGAUUUCUCUGAACUGACUGUUGGAACUCGUGUCGGGAUUGGAUUCUUCGGAGAAGUUUUCCGCGGAAUAUGGAACGGAACGGACGUCGCGGUCAAGGUGUUUCUGGAGCAGGACUUUACAGUUGAGAACAUGGAAGAUUUCUGCAAUGAGAUAUCCAUUCUCAGCCGCCUUCGUCAUCCUAAUGUGAUACUGUUCAUGGGAGCAUGCACAAGACCUCCGAGGCUGUCCCUGGUCACAGAGUACAUGGAAAUGGGAUCGUUAUAUUAUUUGAUCCAUAUGAGCGGCCAUAAGACCAAGUUCAGCUGGCGGCGGAAGCUUAAAAUGCUCCGUGACAUUUGCAGGGGGUUGAUGUGCAUACACCGGAUGAAGAUCGUCCACCGUGACCUGAAAAGCGCCAACUGCCUCGUGAACAAGCACUGGACUGUCAAGAUCUGCGAUUUCGGACUGUCGAGGAUUAUGACGGAUACAGCCACCGUGAGGGAGACCGUACCUGCAGGAACCCCCGAGUGGAUGGCUCCGGAACUCAUCCGGAACGAACCCUUCUCGGAGAAAAGCGAUAUCUUCAGUCUCGGGGUAAUAAUGUGGGAGCUUUGCACUCUUUCCAAACCGUGGGAAGGCGUACCCCCUGAAAGAGUCGUUUAUGCUGUUGCGAAGGAGGGAUCCCGGCUUGAGAUUCCCGAAGGCCCACUUGGGAAGCUCAUCGCAGAUUGUUGGGCGGAGCCGCAACAACGGCCGAGCUGCGAGGAGAUACUAUCCCGUUUGCUCGAUUGCGAAUAUUCGCUCUGCUAAUAUGCUCAUCUGUUCCUUCAAGUGUACAGAAUUUUCCCCCAUAUGGUAGAGGAGAGCGGUGUUUUCUCGGCUUUUCGUUUCUUUUUCCCGAGUUUUGUAAAAAAACAGCGGCGCUGUUAUCUCGAGGAAGACACAGCACACCAAAACAUCUUUCAGUUCCCAGAUUCCGGCCGGCAAGAGAUAGAAACAAACUCUUUUGGAUCAUAAUUCAUACAGAAAAAACACAUAUGUUGUUUCAAAAUAAUCAUAUACAUAUACCCUUACAAGGGUUAUAAACAUUACAUUUGUUUUUUGA